UUAUCAUUGUAUAAAUAAAUAUAAAAAUAAAAACAAUCUCGUAAAAUUGAAAAGAAAUCUUCAACAAGCGACCGUUCUCGAUGUCUCGGGCUUCUUUCUUAGCACUACCCGCCACCGAUUAGCCUCCAUUUCUCGCUCUAUCAGCUCGGUCUUUUCUAAGAAUUUUGUUAAAAGAACAAGACAAAGAAGGAAGAUAUUCGAAGAUUCUUUUGAUUUUGAUUUAUUUUAUUUAUUUCAACGACUGCUUGUUUGGUUGGAUUUAGUUGAUUGUAGUAAUCUGAUCAAGAAAUUACCAUGGCGAGCCGUACAGGGGAUCUGGUGAGCCAAGUCCAUCCAGCUCACCAGCUUGACCUCGACGUUUUGCUGCGUUACGCCUCUGCUAAUGUCUCUGGCUUCCCUUCAUCUCCUUCUCAUUUCAAAGUCUCUCAGUUUGGGCAUGGACAAUCGAAUCCGACGUUUCUGUUGGAAGCAGGUUCGGGAGCCACAGUGAAAAGGUACGUUUUGAGGAAGAAGCCUCCCGGCAAAUUGCUCCCGUCUGCUCACGCUGUUGACCGGGAGUUUCAGGUACUCCGUGCAUUAGGUGAUCAUACUGCAGUUCCAGUUCCGAAAGUGUUCUGUUUGUGUACUGAUCCAAAUGUUAUUGGAACUGCAUUUUACAUCAUGGAAUUUUUGGAAGGGCGUAUUUUUAUAGACGCUAAGUUACCGGGUGUGGCACCGGAAAGGAGGAGAGCGAUAUAUCGUGCAACUGCAAAAGCAUUAGCUUCUGUACAUUCAGCUAACGUAGAUGCCAUUGGUCUUGGAAGAUAUGGACGGCGAGACAACUAUUGUAAGCGGCAGAUAGAGAGGUGGGCUAAGCAAUACAUUGCUUCAACUGCUGAAGGGAAACCUGCUAGCAAUCCAAAAAUGUUUCAGUUGAUUGAUUGGUUACGUCAAAAUGUUCCACCAGAAGAUUUAACAGGAACAACAGCAGGCCUAGUUCAUGGGGACUUCCGUGUUGAUAAUCUUGUAUUUCAUCCCAUUGAGGAUCGAGUGAUUGGUAUUCUCGACUGGGAAUUGUCUACUCUUGGAAACCAGAUGUCUGAUGUUGCAUACAGUUGUCUGCCUUAUCUUGUGGAUUAUGGGAACGGAGGAGUGGAUCAAGGUUUUGAACUUACUGGAAUUCCAGAAGGGAUUCCCUCACAGGCAGAGUUUUUGGAAGACUACUGUUCCGCAGCUGGAAAACCAUGGCCUGCUGUAGCAUGGAAGUUCUAUAUUGCGCUUGCCCUGUUCCGUGGGGCAUCAAUUUUCACAGGCAUAUAUAAUAGAUGGCUUAUGGGUAAUGCUUCAGGAGGUGAACGUGCUCAGAAUUCAGGAGUUCGAGCUAACUGUCUUAUAGAUUUUGCACUUUCUUUUAUUGCGAGGAAAUCUGUGCUUCCUGAGUUCCCUCCAUCUGAUGUGUCAAAAGGCUUUUCAGAGGAAAGAGGGAGGUUUGUUCCCAGUGAAAGGGUUAAGGUAUUGAGAGACAAGUUGAUUAAGUUCAUGGAAGAACACAUAUACCCCAUGGAAAGAGAGUUCUCUAAACUUGCUCAGUCUGAAUCGCGUUGGACAGUUCACCCUGAGGAGGAAAGGUUAAAGGAGCUGGCAAAGAAAGAGGGUUUAUGGAACUUAUGGAUUCCUUUUGACAGUGCCGCUAGGGUGCAAAAACUAAUUUUUAAAGGGGUUGGACAUGCUUUCUCUAAUGAUGGAUACAAUUCCUUGCUUGGAGCAGGUCUCUCAAACCUUGAAUAUGGAUAUCUUUGUGAGAUCAUGGGUCGCUCUCUCUGGGCUCCGCAGGUCUUUAACUGUGGUGCUCCUGAUACAGGAAAUAUGGAGGUACUAUUGCGUUAUGGGAAUGAAGAACAACUACAUGAAUGGCUUAUUCCAUUGCUUGAAGGGAAGAUUCGAUCUGGAUUUGCAAUGACAGAACCGCAGGUUGCAUCUUCUGAUGCAACCAAUAUUGAGUGCUCUAUUAAAAGACAAGGGGAUUCAUAUAUUAUCAAUGGAACCAAAUGGUGGACCAGUGGAGCCAUGGACCCUAGGUGCAGAAUUCUUAUAGUCAUGGGAAAAACUGACUUCUCUGCCCCUAAGCAUAAGCAGCAGUCAAUGAUCUUAGUGGAUAUACGAACUCCAGGCAUACACAUUAAGAGACCACUCACAGUGUUUGGUUUUGAUGAUGCACCUCAUGGACAUGCGGAAAUUUCAUUUGACAAUGUAUGUGUGCCAGCAAAGAAUAUUCUACUGGGAGAAGGCCAUGGGUUUGAGAUUGCCCAGGGUAGACUAGGCCCAGGAAGGCUGCAUCAUUGCUUGAGACUGAUCGGAGCAGCUGAGCGUGGCAUGCAGUUGAUGGCUCAGAGGGCUCUUAGCAGAAAAGUUUUUGGGAAAUUUAUUGCUGAGCAUGGUUCUUUCCUUUCAGAUAUUGCCAAGUGUCGAAUAGAAGUGGAGAGAACCAGAUUGUUAGUGCUGGAAGCAGCUGACCAGCUCGAUCGGCUUGGAAAUAAGAAAGCCCGUGGAACCCUCGCAAUGGCCAAGGUAGCAGCUCCAAACACGGCACUAAAAGUCCUGGACAUGGCAAUCCAAGUGCAUGGUGCAGCUGGUGUAUCAUCCGACACCGUUCUGUCACAUCUCUGGGCCGCAGCAAGAACUUUGAGAAUCGCAGAUGGACCUGAUGAAGUCCACUUGGGUACCAUUGCCAAGUUAGAGUUACAGAGAGCUAAGCUUUGAAAAUCGAAGAGAGGGAUAACGAAU